UUCCCAUUCGUUCCAUUCACCACCUAGCCAAGCAAAGCACUGAGAGCAAAAGUUGUUCCACUCUCCACCCCAAAGCAAAGCGAAGCCACCAAAGCCAGCUCCGCUCCUCGAUCUCGGUGACGCGACACGCAGCGGGCUCGACGGUGAUCUCUCUCUUCUCUGCAUUGCCACGGUUCACGCGGUGGUGGCCAUGGCGACCGACAGGAGGAUCCAGCCGGCCGGCAGCGGCGGGGGUGGCGGGUCGUCGCCCGGAGGGGGAGGCGUGGAGCCCGGGCUCGGGAGGCGCCUGCUCCACGUGCUGCGCGCCGUCUACCACAUGCUGCGCCGUGGCCUCUGCCGCAAGCGCCUCAUGAUGGACCUCCACCUGCUGCUCGGCCGCGGCAAGCUCGCCGGCAGGCACUUCCGGGACCUCCUCGCGCACCAGCCGCUCGCCGGGGGCCACCGCUUCGGCGCCGCGGCCGCGGCCGGCGCCUCCCCGUCCGCGCUCUCCAUGUACCAGCACGACCCCAGGGACGUCGAGUUCAGCUGUGAGACCACGCCGGUGUACGAGCAGGCGGUCUUCCCCUUCAAGAUCGGCCGCGGCCGCGGCCGGGGCAGAAACUACGGCGGGCUGGACGCUGCCACCGUGGCGGCCGCCUUCGAGAUGAUGAACGCGCACGCUGCCGGGGACACGCCGGGGGUGUCCCGGGCCACGCCGUCGCCCAUGCUGGCGCUCAGCCUGGGGCGCUGCCCGGCCGGGGCGCGCCAGCUGCGCGUCACCGACUCGCCGUUCCCCGUCGAGCCGGAGGGCGUCGACGAGCGCGUGGACGCCGAGGCCGACAGCUUCAUCAAGAGGUUCUACGAGCAGCUCCGGAUGCAGCAGUCGACCACGCCCGACAACUGCACCCGCCGCCGUGGCUAGAUCCAGACGCGCCGCGCGCCAGCCCCGGCCGCUUCCGCCAUACGCCGCGGUGGUGCGAGGGUACGGGUGCAUGGGCGCGAAUCCUAAAGCUAUAUAAAUACGUGGCAUCGGUCGAUUGUUUCACUGUCAUGUGGGUCUCGAGUUUUUCUAGCUACCUGCAUGCUCUGCUUGUAAUUUUCCUCGUUUGUGAUAAUCUCUCGAUAGAGAGCGAGGAGACGAGAUAAAAAGAAGGGCUUUGAAGCCCCCCAACUUGUAUCUGUCAUAUCAAGAUGAUAUCAUGCAUAUGAGCUGAAAUGAUAGAAUUUUGCACA